CGAAGGAAGUAUCUAUAAAUCUUUACAAAUGAAGGAUCGUCUAUCGAGCUGCCCUGUGAGUAAAUACUGAUAUAUAUUCUAUUUGACUGUUACAUUUAAAGUUUUGACAUAACAUACAAAAAAAAAAAAAAAAAAAAAAAAAUUAAUAAAAUGCAAAUAACCAAAAUACUGUCUACUUUUCCGUAGGUCUUAAUUAAAAUAAGUUGGGUGAUCCAUAACCCACCUUAGCGCCUCCCUUCUCUCCCCAAAGAAAAUUUAAAAAAAAAUGAAGACAGCUUUUGUUUUAGGUAAAGUUUUGGUGCGUACUUACAACUCCCUUUAUUAUAAUGAAGUGCCAGCUUACAGAAAAGAAUCAUAAUUAUUAGUUAUAUGUGCUCUACACAUGUAUAAACAUAUGCUUAAUCAUAUAAUCAUAUAUAAUAUAGAAUGAAAAGCUUACCAACUCCAAUUUACAUACAUACUAGUCCUCGAACAGUGAACCAGCUUCAAUUGUACAAUAGGUUGUUUCCAUUAUCAUGGAGUUGAAAUCAUCCAUGAAUGAAACAUGGAAGCUCUUUUCAAUUGGAACCUUUGUUGGGUGCCUCAUUUUGAUUCUUCUCUUAGACAAAAGCCACCAAAACUUAAGUCUAUUAGCUGCUCGAAAUGCAAUGCUACAAUUAGUGAAUCCAAUAGAGUCUUCAAAUUUUACACUUAAUAACACAAAGGAUGAGAAAAACUUUUCCAUUGAUGGCAUGGAAACACCUGUAAAUGGAACCAAAAAGAAGUGCAAUAUGUUUGAGGGGAGAUGGGUUUACAAGUCAGAUGAACAUCCACAAUAUGAUUCAAUCAAGUGCCCAUUUCUUGAGGAGAAGAUGAGCUGCCAAAUGAAUGGAAGACCGGAUUUCGAGUACGAGAAGUGGAUAUGGGAAUCUACAGAUUGUGACAUACCACUAUUUAAUGGAACAUAUAUGUUGGAGACGCUAAGAAACAAGAAGAUGAUCAUGUCAGGUGAUUCACUAAACAGAAACAUGUGGGAGUCUCUUGCUUGCCUUCUUUAUACUUCAAUUCAUCCUUCUAGAGCUGAAGUAGAUGCUAAGCAAACUCUCUAUAAAGUAUUUAAAGCAAAGGACUACAAUUUUACAUUUGAGUUUCAUUGGAGCCCAUUCUUAGUCGAAUUUGAUGAGAAGCAUAAAAAUGGCAAAAAGGUGCUAGUGCUUGAUAAGCUUUCAUCCAACUCCAAACAAUGGCAUGAUGCUGAUAUUAUGGUAUUUAACUCAGGGCACUGGUGGUCUCAUACGGGAAAAUUCAAAUCGUGGGAUUUGUUCUCGUACAAGGGAGAGUUAACAGAGGAGAUGCCAAUAGAGCUAGCAUAUGAACGAGCUAUGAAAACAUGGGCAACAUGGCUAGAAAAUAACGUGAAUCCACAGAAAACAACUGUGUUUUUCAGAAGUAUUUCGGCAGAGCACAAAAGUCGGCAAUAUGAUCAAUGGUGCUACAAUAUUACAAAACCUAUGAAGGGUGAGUCCUAUGUAUCAGUCUACCCCAACUCUCUUGUUGACGUUAUUGAGAGUUUGGUUAAAGUGAUGAACAAACCAAAGGUGAACUAUUUGAACGUCACUAAGCUGUCGGAGUAUAGAAUCGAUGCGCAUCCAUCAGUGUAUAGAAGCAUGAAUUGGAAGAACAUUACCCAGAAAUUUGAAGAUGUUUUGGGUUAUGCUGAUUGUAGUCAUUGGUGUCUCCCUGGAUUGCCAGAUACUUGGAAUAGAUUACUUUUUGCAUCACUGUUCUUUGGUAGCUCAGAUAUGGUUAUUUCUUGACAUUUGCUCUGGAAUUUUGUAAUGGGAGUGGUUGGAUAUUGUAGAAGAUUAGCGAUUCAAAAUGUGUAUGAAUGUUCAAUAGAAGUGGAAUGAAUUGUUCUAAGCGACAAAGUGGAGAAGGUUAGGACCA